AUGAACAAAGCACCAAAGCGCAUAUAUAGCCUCUCCUCUUCGCUCACCCUCUCCAUGGCUCCUCCCACUCCCAGUGAGCUCGGCGAGUAUGAUGCUAUCUGGGACUUUGUGGAUGGUAUUGAGCUGGUCUCCCGCAACCGCAAGCUGAUUCUUCAGUGGACUGACCCUUCGUACUUACAACCAGACUAUCAGAAGACUCAUCGCCGCCAUGCCUCCAGCCUCAAUGCACAUGACGUCGGGGGCCUGGUGACUGUGUUCGAAUCCGUGAUGGUGACCAGUCAUCAGCAGGCUGUAGCCAAAGAUGACACCGCCGCUGCCCCAAGGUGUUCCGCAGUGGGGUCAUCAGACGUGUCAUCGAGGCCCAAUGACUCCUCUCCUGUGUUGUCAUCAGAUCUUUCAUCACAGUCCUCUCGUUCAUCUCAGCCUAAUCCGCCGUCUAAUCCUUCAUCCCAGCCUUCUCGCCCUUCUGUUUCAACACCAUCAGUAGUGUCUUCGCCGCCCUUGUCAUCUGUACCAUCUGGUCCCCCGUCGGAGCCCUCGCUGCCACCCAGCCCCGAGCCAUCAAAUCAUGAGGUUCAGCAGCAUAUGUAUCGGGUGAUGUGCGGUCGCGAGACUGGCCUGAUAAAAGGAUGGGGUCGCGCGGGUCAUGCUUCGCAAGGUGUUCCUGGAGGGGCAGUCAAGGCAGUCUCUCCUUCCCCACGGAAGAUUUAUAAGGCUUCCAGGCCAAGGAGAGUUGCAUACGUUGUUUUCAAGGGGACGACCCCCGGUAUAUACUUCGACUGGGAUCGCUGUAAGGACUGUGUGCUGCGCAUCUCAGGGUCGCUGUAUUGCGGUUAUGACUCUGUCAGGGCAGCACAACAUGCGUAUCAGUUUGCGUGCGCAGUGGGAAUUGUAGAGACGUUGGUCACGAGCCCCCGACUGUUCUUUCCUGGGCGAGGGAACGGCUUGGUGAAUCCGCACGCUGGUCCUGUACACGUUGCCAGGUACACUGGAUGCGGCAUUGCUGCAAUUUCGGCCCGUGGCGAUGAUGCGUCGUUCCCUGCUUCACAGUUUGCGCUGCCCACCCCACUGCCACCAGAAGGAACUCCUGAUGUCUGCUAUUAUGUCGUCUACAAGGGCCUAGUUCCUGGGGUGUAUGAUGAUUGGUUCUUAUGCCACAUUAAUACUCACGGUGUUUCCAAUGCGCUGUUUGAGUGGCUUCCCACCUGCCAGGCGGCGCUCUUGAAGUUCGAGGAGGGUCGCAUUGCAGGAUGGGUGCAGGUCCUGGUGAAGGAGUAG